GGUAGCUGUAGAUCCAGGUACACAGUAAUUGAGGAAUGACCACAAUGUGUAGCAGGCCGAAUACCGCCAACCAGAACAUCCAGACUUACUGUGACGAGGUGAAGCCGAGAGUGGACUCACGCACUGGGAAGACACAUGAUGUCUUCAUCGCAAAAACGUACAUCACUAAACCUGGGGAUCAAACCGUCUACCUUGUUAAGGUUCAUGUUGGUGGAGACACUUACUAUCAUGUGAAGCUGAUGAAGAACCCCGCUGCACUUUGGAAUAAAGCAGUACUGCAAUCUACCCAAAUUGGAAUGAAGCUGAACGAUCCACUUCAGUUCUGAGAUACGGGAGGUCACGUCCAGCUCUGCUUUCAAACAUGCUCUGCUUUCAAAUCCAUCUGAAAAUAACAACACGUCUUUUAAUGCAAAGGAAAAUAAAAAACUUAUAAAAUUCUG